GCCGGACGGCCGCCCCGGGGUCCGGCCCCAGCCUGUGGGUCGCAGCGCGCCAGCCGGCCUCGCCUCGCCUCGCCUCGCCGUCGCCUGCGCAGCCGAGAUGGGCAAAGGGGCAGGACGCGAGUACGCACCCCCAGGGGCCACUGCGGAGAAUGGAGGGGGCAAGAAAAAACAGAAGGAGAAGGAGCUGGACGAGCUGAAGAAGGAAGUGAAUCUGGAUGAUCACAAGCUGUCUCUGGAUGAAAUCAGCAGGAAAUACCAGGUGGAUCUGUCCAAGGGUCUGACCAACACUCGGGCCGCAGAGAUUCUAGCCCAAGAUGGCCCCAAUGCCUUGACGCCGCCUCCAACCACACCAGAGUGGGUCAAGUUUUGCCGGCAACUCUUUGGGGGCUUCUCCAUCCUGCUGUGGAUCGGGGCCAUCCUCUGCUUCCUGGCCUACAGCAUCCAGGCUGUCAUGGAGGACGAGCCUGCCAACGACAACCUGUACCUGGGUGUGGUGCUGGCCGCGGUCGUCAUCGUGACCGGCUGCUUCUCCUACUACCAAGAGGCCAAGAGCUCCAAAAUUAUGGACUCCUUCAAAAAUAUGGUUCCUCAGCAAGCCUUGGUCAUACGGGAAGGCGAGAAGAUCCAAAUCAACGCUGAGAACGUGGUGGUGGGAGACCUGGUGGAGGUGAAAGGAGGGGAUCGGGUCCCUGCAGACCUGCGGAUUAUCUCCUCCCAUGGUUGCAAGGUGGACAACUCCUCCUUGACAGGCGAGUCAGAGCCCCAGACCCGCUCCCCAGAGUUCACCCACGAGAAUCCCCUGGAGACCCGCAACAUCUGCUUCUUCUCCACCAAUUGUGUUGAAGGCACGGCUCGGGGCAUUGUCAUCUCGACUGGGGACCGUACGGUGAUGGGGCGCAUCGCCUCGCUGGCUUCUGGCCUGGAGGUGGGCCAGACGCCCAUCGCCAUGGAGAUCGAGCACUUCAUCCGCAUCAUCACCGGCGUGGCCGUUUUCCUGGGCAUGUCCUUCUUCAUCCUCUCCCUCAUUCUGGGCUACACGUGGCUGGAGGCCGUCAUCUUCCUCAUCGGUAUCAUUGUGGCCAAUGUCCCGGAAGGGCUCCUGGCGACCGUCACGGUGUGCCUGACCCUGACCGCCAAGCGCAUGGCUCGCAAGAACUGCCUGGUGAAGAACCUAGAGGCCGUGGAGACGCUGGGCUCCACGUCCACCAUCUGCUCCGACAAGACGGGGACCCUCACCCAGAACCGCAUGACGGUGGCCCACAUGUGGUUCGACAACCAGAUUCACGAAGCGGACACCACCGAGGACCAAUCUGGGGCAACUUUUGACAAGCGCUCCCCCACCUGGACGGCCCUCGCCCGCAUUGCAGGCCUGUGCAACCGAGCUGUCUUCAAAGCGGGCCAGGAGAACGUCCCCAUCUCUAAGAGGGACACUGCGGGCGAUGCCUCCGAAUCUGCACUCCUGAAAUGCAUCCAGUUGUCUUGUGGGUCUGUCAAGAAGAUGCGUGAAAGGAACCACAAAGUGACAGAGAUACCCUUCAACUCCACCAACAAGUACCAGCUGUCCAUCCACGAAACAGAAGACAGGCCCAAGGGCCACAUCCUGGUGAUGAAGGGAGCUCCGGAGAGGAUCCUCGACCGCUGUACCACCAUCUUGGUGCAAGGGCAGGAGGUGCCCCUCGACGAGGAGAUGCGUGAUGCCUUCCAGAACGCCUACCUCGAGCUGGGGGGGCUGGGAGAGAGAGUGCUGGGAUUCUGCCAGGUCUACCUCCCCGAAGACCAGUUUCCGCGGGGAUUUAAGUUCGACGUGGAUGAAAUCAACUUCCCGCUGUCCAACCUCUGCUUCGUGGGACUCAUGUCCAUGAUUGACCCGCCUCGGGCCGCUGUGCCGGACGCCGUGGGGAAAUGCCGCAGUGCCGGCAUCAAGGUGAUCAUGGUGACAGGCGACCACCCAAUUACGGCCAAGGCGAUUGCCAAGGGGGUGGGCAUCAUCUCCGAGGGGAACGAGACCGUGGAGGACAUUGCGGCCCGCCUCAACAUCCCCGUCAGCCAGGUCAACCCCAGGGAAGCCAAGGCGUGCGUGGUCCACGGCUCUGACCUCAAGGACAUGACCGCCGAGCACCUGGACGAGAUCCUCAAGAACCACACGGAGAUUGUCUUUGCCCGCACUUCUCCCCAGCAGAAACUCAUCAUUGUGGAGGGCUGCCAGCGGCAGGGGGCCAUUGUGGCUGUGACUGGAGAUGGUGUGAACGACUCCCCUGCCCUGAAGAAGGCAGACAUCGGCAUCGCCAUGGGCAUCGCCGGCUCCGACGUCUCCAAGCAGGCGGCAGACAUGAUCCUUCUGGAUGACAACUUUGCCUCCAUUGUGACGGGCGUGGAGGAAGGCCGCCUGAUCUUCGACAACCUGAAGAAGUCCAUCGCCUACACCCUGACCAGCAACAUUCCCGAGAUCACCCCCUUCCUCCUCUUCAUCAUCAUCAAUAUUCCGCUGCCGCUGGGCACGGUCACCAUCCUGUGCAUCGACCUGGGCACAGACAUGGUCCCGGCCAUUUCCCUGGCCUACGAGGCCGCAGAGAGUGACAUCAUGAAGCGGCAGCCACGGAACUCCAAGACGGACAAGCUGGUGAAUGAGCGCCUUAUCAGCAUGGCGUACGGGCAGAUUGGCAUGAUCCAGGCCUUGGGCGGCUUCUUCACUUACUUUGUGAUCCUGGCUGAAAAUGGCUUCCUUCCUGCCACGCUGCUGGGGAUUCGCCUGGACUGGGACGACCGUUCCAAGAACGACUUGGAAGACAGCUACGGCCAGGAGUGGACUUACGAGCAGCGCAAGGUGGUGGAGUUCACCUGCCACACGGCCUUCUUUGCCAGCAUCGUGGUGGUGCAGUGGGCAGACCUCAUCAUCUGCAAGACCAGGCGGAACUCGGUCUUCCAGCAGGGCAUGAAGAACAAAAUCCUGAUCUUCGGCCUGCUGGAGGAGACUGCCCUGGCCGCCUUCCUGUCGUACUGCCCAGGCAUGGGUGUGGCUCUGCGCAUGUAUCCGCUCAAGGUCACGUGGUGGUUCUGCGCCUUCCCGUACAGCCUGCUGAUCUUCAUCUACGAUGAGGUGCGGAAGCUCCUCCUCCGUCGCUAUCCUGGUGGCUGGGUGGAGAAAGAGACCUACUACUGAGACAGCAGCCCAGCAGAACCCCUUUGUCGCUUCCUGGGCAUCCCAUAGAGCCUUUAGUUGUAGCAUGGGGUGGGGAGGAGUGCCUGGGGGGGUGGGGGGCGCACUUGCACACCUGACUCACGUAGGUCUCACCUGUAACCUUCCACCCAGGCACUAACCCCAUGGGGGGGAGGGGAAAGGGGCAGGUGAGGAAGCCCCCUGGGGGAGGGGGGACCUCCUUGCUGGCCCACAGCCACCCGGCCAGGCCUUGGGGACAAGAGGAGAGGGGCCAGGGAGGGAGGGGCCCUUCUCCUGGGGCUGAGAAGAGAGCAGGCCUCACAGGGGAAGUUCUUGAGGGGGGUUGGGAAAGCCCCUGGCAGAGAGGGGCAGAGAAGGGAGCUGAGCCCCUCUUCCCCCUGUAGUGCGUGUGCCCAAGGAGGGGCUGAGCUUCCUGGCCUGCCCCCAUUGCAAGAAGCAGCCCUGUGGGUGAGUGGGGGGAUGCAAUAAACGCCGUGUAACCUGC